AUGAUCGACUGGCCCAAUGUGACGGCGUCCGGCCCCCAGGAGCCGGGCCUGAGACCCGAGGAGCUGCAGAAGUCCAAGUGUGUGUUGGGCUUCGUCCCGGUCAUCUACUACAGCGUCCUGCUGUGUGUGGGGGUCCCAGUGAACGUCCUCACGGCGGUGGCCUUGUCCCGGCUGGCGUCCCGCACCAAGAAAGCUCUGUAUUAUUACCUCCUGGCGGUGACGGGCUCAGACAUUCUCUCCCAACUCUUCAUCAUCUUCGUCGGCUUCCUGCUGGAGACGGCGGUCUUUCACCGUGAUGUCCCCUCACUCCUGCUGCACUCCGUCAGCGCCGCAGAGUUCGCUGCCAACCACGCCUCCAUCUGGUCCACCGUGCCCCUCACCGUGGACCGCUAUGUGGCGCUGUGCCACCCCCUCCUCCACCGCCAGAUCAGCUACCCGGCCCGAGCCAGGAAGAUCAUCGCGGUGGUCCUGGCGUUAUCGCUGGCGUCAGGCGUGCCCUUCUUCUGGUGGUCAGACAUGUGGAGGAACAGCCACCCGCCCACGGCGCGGGACACCGUCCUCAUAUGGACACACGUGACCAUCAUCUACUUCCUGCCCUGCAGCAUCUUCUUGGUGCUGAACUCGUUGAUAAUCCAGACGCUGAGGGUGAGGCAGAGGCAGCAGCGCUGCCACGAGGAGAGUGGACCGAAGUCGGCGCCCCCGGGGCGACUUGGGAAAACCACGGCCAUGCUGCUGGCCAUCACCUCCGUGUUCUCUGUGCUGUGGGCGCCCAGGACGGCCGUGGUCAUCUACCACCUGUACGUGUCCUCUGUCCACAGAGACUGGCGCGUGCACUUGGCCUACGACCUGUCCAACAUGCUGGCCAUGCUCAACACGGCCGUCAACUUCUUCCUCUACUGCUUCGUCAGUAAGCCUUUCCGCGGCGCCGUGCGGGACGUCCUGCUGCUCAGGGGGGGUCCGCUGUAUCCCCGCCGUGCUCUGCCGCAGCACCAGGCCCCCACCAACGCCUCCAUCUCCUCCCUGUACAGUGGGAACAACAAGCGCUCGCAGCGGGAAUGCACCCCCCUGUCCCCCCGCAGGGCCAGAAAACCCUCGUGACCCUUUUGCUCCCUCCUCUUAAUCCAAAACACCCGUCAUCCCACGGUCCCCGAGCAUUCCAGGCCCCAGGGACGCACCCUGCGCUCCGGCCACGACCGUGGACCUCGGCCAGUCGGCCCCGGGCCCCUCACAAAGGCCCCGACCUGAACUCAGAUCACAAGAAGUAUGUGUAUGGUGAUGAAGUGUCAGCGGCUGUUGUUCGUCAAUAUAAAUCAGACGAGAUGACAACUUAUUUAUUUUUUCGUCUGAAGAAUUUGACGAAA